GUCUGCCGCCGUGCAUCGCCAAGGCGAUCCUCUCCCACUCAUUCCCACGCUCUUUCUCAUCCGAUUCGUGUUCACCGUCUCCGCAGUCUCGGCAAGAAGAACACGGCGUUAUCUCUCAGCUCCCCGGCUGCCGUCUGCGCUCCCGUGCACAGCUCUCAUACGUUUUCUUAAAGGCAAGAAUACACACACACACACACUUACGUGCACACAACAACAAGCAACAGUACUACUAACUAAAAAAAAAAAAUAGCCUUUCUGUCGAGCCGGAAGCAAUGGGCCGUGGAUAUAGUGCGAGCCGCAGCAAGAGCGGGCGACCUACGCUGCGCAUGAAGCGGUCGCGCUCCAUGUCCCUGCACGCGCUGAAGAAAAGCUUGGACGCCCGUGAUGCCGCCAAGGCCACUGGCAGCGACAACAAGGAAGAGACGAGUUCCACUGCCACUGCAGCGGCGCAGGACCAGCGCAAAGUACUGAAGGUGGCGCGUCUUCGCCGCGCGCCGUCCUCGGCAGCGCAAGACAGCAGCAGCAGUACUAGUAAGAGCGCUCAUAAAGCGGCGGCGAACAACGUGGCGUCGAAGUCGACGGAUGGGCGUGCACGCAGCUCCACCGCCACUACCACCACCACCAAAUCCAACUCGGGGGUUCGCCGCACCCCGUCAGCGCAGUUCCGCAAGAAUCUCGAAGAUUUGGAGAAGGUGUACGAGGAUGCCAUGGAUGUCAGCGAGGACGAGGACGAGACCGUCAUGAACACCAACACCAUGACCAAGUACAAGGAAUGUGGCCGCGUAGUGGACGCCGUGCUGGACAUACUGACAGAGGAGUGCGUGGCGGGUGUGAAUACGAAGGUGCUGUGCGACUGCAGCGACGAGGAAGUCAUGCAGCGCCUGAAAGGGCUUUAUACCAAGACGAAGGACGCAGAGGGCAAGCGGUUAACACGCGGUAUCGCCUACCCGACGAACAUCUCCGUCAACGAAGUACUCUGCAACGACAGCCCCUUCCGUGAUGAGGAGGGCACGAUCUUGAAGGAGGGCGAUGUGGUGAAGCUGCACGUUGGGUGCCACCUGGACGGCUACCCCGUCAGCGCGGCCCGCACGAUCGUCGUGCGCGCACCGGGAUCUCCCGCAAGCCCCGAUGCUGCCGCUACUGCUACUGCUGCUGAAGUGGAAGGGAAUGAGGAGGCGACAGCGCCGUCUUCUGCUUCCAUGCAGAAGUCUUCUUCUUCCUCUUCUUCACGUGUAGCGGCCGGCAACGCUAUCGAGGCAGCACGUGUGGCACUGCUCACGAUGAUGCACGCCCUCCGCCCUGGCGUUCUCAACGCAGACAUCACCGACCUCGUCGCCGCCGUGGGCAACCACUUUGGUGUGCAGGCCGUCGAGGGUGUCUUGUCGAACCGCACGAAGCGCUGGGUGCCUGAUGGGAUGGACUGCAUUAUCGGCCGCCGCGUCACAACGGAGGACCCGCACCAGGACGUCGGCGAGUGCGAGGUCGAUGAGCAUCAGGUCUGGUGCCUCGACGUGGCCUUCACAAACAACGACAGCUACCGCAUCACCCUGUCCGAGAAGCCGGUGACGCUCUACCGCCGCACGCCGGCGGAGUUCGCGAUGGACGCCCGCGUGAGCCAGGCAAACGAGGUGCUGCAGGAGAUCACCAACACACACUUCUGCUUCCCCUUUCACUUCAAGAGUCUCGAGAACCCGCUCAAGGCGAAGCUGGGCAUUCACGUGCUUCAGAAGAAGGGCGUGAUCGACAAGCUCAGCCCCCUGCGGACGAAGCCCGGCUACGUGACGGCUCGCUUCAGCGCCACAGUGGCGGUGACCGCGAAGCGGGUGACGGUGCUGUGCGGUGCGCCGCCCACGACGGCGGUGUGUGUGCCGCCUGCGAUGCAGUCGACAGCUUCGGUGGACACGCUGGCGCCGUCGGUGCUGGCGGUGCUGCAUCGCCCCCUCGAGUUUGCGGACACGCGCGCCGUGGCGGCGAAGAAGGACGCGAAGGACUCGAGCAGCCCCGCCAUGAAGCGCAAGCGGAUCGAGGCGGCAGAUAAUGAGGAGUAG